GAAAAGUAAUUAUAUUUUUUAAAAAUUAAAAAUUCUAUGAAAUUAAAUAUUUGAUAAUUAAAAAAGUUUCUUCUAUGAGUAGAAAAAUUUUAUGCUUGGAAAAAGAACGAAAACAAAAUCCAAUAUAUAGCAUUAUUGCUUAUGUUAUUACUGGUUAUUUUUAACUACAACAAUAGAAAACAACUACUGCAAUAGCCACAGUCUUACUCCAAAAAAUCCAACUGAAAUUUCAAUUGGGCAAGAUAGCAUAUUAAUAUUAGCAUAACGCCAUCAUACAAACAUGGUCGAAAGUCCGAUUUGAAUACUAAGAAUAAUCAGAUAAACAGAGAAAAAAACGACGAUAACGGUCAGAAUAAUUGCGGACGCAUGACGGAGUCUUAAAAAAAAUGCCAGAUUGGAUUUCGUAGGAUACGCUAUCAGAGAGAGAGAUCGACGGGAGGAAUAAGACUUGUGAGCGGAAGGCCGGAUAAGGCGUUCCGGAUUAGGCCGAAAAGCGAACAUCUUAUCCCCGAAUUGGACGGCAAACCGGGAAAAGAAGGCUGUGAACGUGCCGUAGUUCGACCACUGGAAUUCCGAAAAAUACGAUGAAUCCAUUAAAAAGAUUACCCCCGAAUUAUAAUUUUUUUUCCCCUUAUUGAAAUCCAUAAUGAAAAGCAAAAAUAGUAAAACUGAUUAAUUUAUAAUAAAACUCAUCUCCAGUUCCUUUUGCCUCCUCUCCGUUUCUUCUCAGGCCUUGGUGCCUUCCCAUCGGCCUCUUCACCUAGGGAUUGACGUCCUUAGAGAACAUAGGCUUUUGGGGAGAAGGUCUAAAACGCUUCAACGAGGAGAGAGACACAUUGUUGUGGAGAGGUUUUGGAAUGUUUCAAUGCUUCUUUUGCAUGCCAGGGCAGGACAGGACUUCAGGGAUUCUGGGGGCAUUUUCUUCCACAGUUGAUGAUAUGGAAGGGGGAGUCCAUGAAGCGGACAAUACAGAGUUUAAGGAAUGUUUUAGUCUGACAUGGAAGCAGCCGUACAUCCUUCAACUUGCACUCUCUGCUGGCAUUGGUGGUCUUCUAUUUGGCUACGAUACAGGUGUUAUCUCUGGAGCACUACUAUACAUUCGUGAUGACUUCCGACAAGUUGAUAGAAGCACUGUACUCCAGGAAACCAUUGUGAGCAUGGCUGUAGCUGGAGCUAUAGUUGGUGCUGCAUUUGGUGGAUGGAUAAAUGACAGAUUUGGAAGGAAACCUUCGAUAUUGUUAGCUGAUCUGUUGUUCUUUGUUGGUGCUGUUGUAAUGGCUAUCGCACCAGUUCCCGAAAUUAUAAUCGUGGGGAGAAUCUUGGUGGGCUUCGGAGUUGGGAUGGCUUCUAUGACUUCUCCUCUCUACAUUUCUGAAGCUUCUCCUGCCAAAAUUAGAGGUGCUCUUGUCAGCACUAAUGGGUUGCUUAUUACAGGAGGACAAUUUCUAUCCUACCUCAUAAAUCUGGCUUUCACCAAGACCCCAGGAACUUGGCGCUGGAUGCUCGGUGUGGCUGGGCUUCCUGCUCUUGUUCAGUUUGUACUGAUGCUGAUGCUUCCAGAGUCACCUAGGUGGCUGUACAGAAAGGAUAGAAAAGAGGAAGCUGCAGAGAUCUUGAGAAAGAUAUAUCCUUCUCAUGAAUUUGAGAAAGAAAUCGAAGCUUUACGAAAGUCGAUUGAAGCUGAAAUAGCUGAGGAAGGUUCGAUCGGGGGAGAUGGCAUGUUCAGCAAACUAAAGAAGGCAACAGGUAGUGUGGUCGUGCGCAGAGGGCUUGUGGCAGGCAUUCUUGUGCAGGUAGCUCAGCAGUUUGUGGGUAUCAACACAGUGAUGUAUUACAGUCCCACAAUAGUUCAAUUGGCUGGUUAUGCUUCCAACGGUACUGCCUUGGCACUCUCUCUCAUAACCUCUGGUCUCAACGCCGUGGGCUCUAUCGUCAGUAUCUUCUUCGUCGACAGAGCCGGAAGGAGAAAGCUGCUUCUUAUCAGCUUGGUUGGAAUCAUUACAUGCUUGGCCUUGCUCGGCGGUGUCUUCUUUGGAGUUGCUUCACAUUCCCCGGCAGUGGAAUUGCCGAAUCCGGUCGGUGGAAACUCUACGUGCCCUGAUUUCAAGCCAGCUUCAGGCAUGACAUGGACAUGCAUGGAUUGCGUGAAAGCAGCCUCAGGGUGUGGAUUUUGUGCUCACGACGGGGAUAAACUUCUCCCUGGGACCUGCUUGUCGUCUGAGUCUGAUGGAAAACAAUUCUGUCAAGCAUCAAGCCGUGAGUGGUACACUCGUGGCUGCCCAAGCAACUUUGGCUGGUUGGCUCUCAUCGCCCUCGGAGCAUAUAUCAUCUCCUACUCUCCGGGCAUGGGCACCGUCCCUUGGAUCGUCAACUCCGAGAUCUACCCUCUGAGAUACCGAGGAGUCUGCGGUGGGGUUGCCGCGGUGGCGAAUUGGGUCUCGAACCUGAUCGUCACACAGACAUUCUUGAGCUUGACGGAGGCUUUAGGCACUGCACCAACAUUCCUCUUGUUCUGCUGUGUUUCCGUGGUUGCGCUCGUUCUCAUUUUCUUGCUCGUGCCUGAGACCAGAGGACUGCAGUUCGAAGAGGUGGAGAAGAUGCUGGAGAGUAAAGACUACAGGGCUUGGAAGAAGAGCUCCGUCAAAGCUCGGUCUUAACCAAAUAUGCACAUCAUUCCCAAAAGUCUGUCCUGCAUUGGUAAUGUAAUAAUGAGCUCCUCACGACCCUUGCAAUUCCUUUCUCACAUGAAUGCGACAAAUGCCACCCUGGGAAUGUAUGGAGUUCAAAAGAAUUUGGUAUCGAAUGGUACUUCCAGUUGUGCUGGAUUACAUAAUGGCAAUACAAAAUCAUGGACAGAAUUUAUGCAGGGAGUUAA